ACUUCCGGCUCCGCGGGAGCGGGUGAAAGACGCGGCGGGGCUCCGGGUCGGGUUAGUUCGGUUCAGUUCGGUUUAAUCGGGUGUGAUUGAGGCGAAUCGCGACGCUUGGCGGUUUGUGCUGAGAGUGGCGGAGCUCCGCGGACACAGAGCAGUUUCAGUUCCCCUGCUGACCCCCGGCAUGCUGUGACUGUGUCGUGGCUGUGCUGAGGCUGAUCAGGAGCAGACUUAGUGUGUGGUGAUGAUGAUGAUGCUGUGUAGACUCCGCGGAAGCGUGAGGCUGGGGGUGAGUGUGUGUCGAUGGGCUCACACUAAAGAGAAGGGAAAGCCGCUGAUGCUGAACCCCCGCACCAACAAGGGCAUGGCGUUCACACUGAAGGAGAGGCAGAUAUUGGGCCUGCAGGGGCUCCUCCCCCCGAAAAUCGAGACACAGGACGUCCAGGCCAUGCGGUUCCAGAGGAACCUCCGCAAGAUCUCAGACCCCCUGCAGAAGUAUAUCUACCUGAUGGGGAUUCAGGAGCGUAAUGAGCGCCUGUUUUACCGCGUGCUGAUGGAGGAUAUCGAGGCUCUGAUGCCGAUCGUGUACACGCCCACUGUCGGCCUUGCUUGCACACAGUACGGACAGAUCUUUCGCAGACCAAAGGGACUGUUUAUCUCCAUUAUGGACCGAGGACACAUUCGCUCCAUCCUGGACAACUGGCCAGAAACUAAUGUGAAGGCGGUGGUGGUGACAGAUGGUGAGCGGAUUCUGGGUCUGGGAGAUCUGGGAGUGUAUGGGAUGGGAAUUCCGGUUGGAAAACUCUGUCUCUAUACGGCCUGUGCUGGCAUCCGGCCAGAAAGUUGUUUACCUGUGUGUAUCGACGUUGGAACAGAUAACCAGACGUUACUCAGAGAUCCGUUCUAUAUGGGUCUGUAUCAGCGGCGGGACCGCUCCCAUCGCUAUGACGAACUCAUAGAUGAGUUUAUGGAGGCGGUCGUGGAUAAAUACGGACAAGACACACUCAUCCAGUUUGAAGAUUUCGGAAAUCACAACGCCUUCCGCUUCCUGAAGAAAUACCGCUACAAAUACUGCACCUUCAAUGAUGAUAUACAGGGUACUGCAGCAGUAGCCCUGGCUGGUUUGUUGGCGGCACAGCGUGUCGUGGGGAAACCAAUCACUGAGCACACUGUGCUGUUUCUGGGAGCAGGAGAGGCGGCUCUGGGCAUCGCUAACCUGAUCGUCAUGGCAAUGAUGGAGGAGGGCAUGUCUCAGGCUGAAGCUCGGAAGAGGAUCUGGAUGUUCGAUAAAUAUGGUUUGCUUGUCCAGGGUAGAGAGGAGGCCACGGACAUUAAUCAGGAGGCAUUUGUCCAUCCUAGACCAGGUGAAGGUGUGAGAAGUUUCCUGGAUGCUGUUAAUGUUCUGAAGCCCACAGCCAUCAUCGGUGUGGCUGGGGCUGGGCGGCUCUUCACUCAUGAUGUCAUUAAAACGAUGGGUUCUCUGAAUGAGCGGCCAAUCAUCUUCGCCCUCAGUAACCCCACUGCUAAAGCUGAGUGCACUGCAGAGGACGCGUAUAGCCUCACACAGGGUCAGUGUUUAUUUGCCAGUGGGAGUCCAUUUGGCCCCGUUACUCUGGAGGACGGCAGGAUCCUGGUCCCCGGCCAGGGCAACAACGCCUACAUAUUCCCAGGUGUGGCUCUGGCUGUGAUACUCAGUGGAGUUCGACACAUCAGUGAUACAGUGUUCCUCGAAGCUGCCAAGACUCUAGCGGCUCAGCUGGGAGAAGAGGAGCUCUCUCAGGGCCGACUGUAUCCCCCCCUCUCCAACAUCAGAGAGGUGUCUCUGCAGAUGGCUGUCAAGGUGGUGGAGUACGUGUAUACUAAGGGAAUGGCGUUCCGGUACCCAGAACCGGUGGAUAAAGAAGCGUACGUUAGGUCCGUCGUCUGGAACAUCAACUAUGAUUCAUUCCUGCCUGAUAUCUACGACUGGCCUGGAGUCUCGCACAGCCCUAUAGUGGACUAGGAGUAGUCCUAAAGCCUAAAGCUUACACCCUAUACCCUAAACCCUACAUCCUCUAUCCUAAACCCUACAUCCUGUACCCUAAACCCUACACUCCCUACUCUAAAUACUACAUACCGCACCCUAAACCCUACAUACCUUGUACCCUAAACCCUACACUCCCUACUCUAAAUACUACAUACCGCACCCUAAACCCUACAUACCUUGUACCCUAAACCCUACAUCCCGUAUCCUUUACCCUACAUACCUUGUACCCUAAACCCUACAACCCGCACCCUAAACCCCACACCCUUAAAGCCAAACCCUAACCCAGAAGUCUUGGGGCUUGCGGUCUCGCACAGCCCUGUAAUGGUCUAGAAAUAGUUCUAAAGCAUAUACCCUGUGUCCUAAACCCUACACCCCAUACCAUAAACCCCACACCCUUAAAGCCAAACUCUAACUCAGAUGUCUGUGACUGGUUUAUACACUCUUGUAGUGGACUAGGAUCAGUCCUACAUGCUACUCUCUUAAGCCUUACACACUCCUGUACUAACCCCUACCUGUACUACACCCUACCUGUAGACCCUAAACCAGAAAUCCUGGCCUGGAGUCUCACACACUCCUGUAGUGGACUAACCCUAAUCCCUAAUCCCUACACCCUGAACCCUACAUUGUGUGACCCACACGCUAAACCCUGACCCAUAAAUCUGCGUUAGAAACCUAUACCUGAUACCUUAAUCUCUAAUCCCUAAACCCUAACCCAGAAGACUGAGACUGGCCCAGAGUCUCACAGAACCUUCACAGUGGACUAGACAGUCCUAAACCCUCAGCCUCAGCUCUGAGUCUGGUCCUAAUCUCGACUUUAGCUUUCACUCCAGACCUUCUGCAGAUCAAAAGAAUAAAAGAACAAGUUUAUCUUCUGUUGUA